AGCCCCAGCUUGUGAUAGCGUGACCAUGAUGCCAUGUAUGAGAUCUUCAAUCUCAAGUACUUCUGCCUGGGCGAAGCCGAAGACACUUCGGAGGAACUGGACAUCGCAGAGCUCAGGUCCACGACUUCCAAAGAGUCCAAGGUGUCCAAGGUGUCCAAUGUGUCCAACGUUCCACCUCAGGAAGCCAGCAGCUCUAGCAGCUCAAGCGGCGAUGACGCACGAGAAGGAGCACCUGGCUUCCACUUGACACACCUACGUCGACUUGUAAGACAGCGCGCCAGCACUUCACUGGAGAAUCCACUGGAUGAAGGCGACCGUUUGAAGCAUCCCAUCCGUGUGCAACGGAGCUGUACCGAUGUGGCGUGGCUGGGGUGCUUUGUGGCCUGCAUCACCGCUCUAUCAGUCUUAAGCUUCGCCGUGAGGAUGCCCGGACAAGCUGAGAGUCUUCCAACUCUUGUGGCUGUGCAUGACUCCCUGGCGCACACCUGCGGUGUUGAGCAAAUGAGACACCAACCUUUUGCCUUCAUAUGCAAAGACGAUGGAGGGAAUCUUAACUUCACGGAUAUACUUUGCUUGAGCAGCUGCCCAACCAACAACUCGGGACAAAUGUGCUGGAGCAAUACCACCCAGUCUUUUGCGGAGGUGGCUGGAUAUGCAACAAAACCUGCAAUACCGCACAUAUUGGCAUGGUGCAGGCCAGUGGACAAUUUCCUGUAUGUCUUGGUGCUGGAAUAUGCGAACAAAGUAUGGGGCAUCCUGAGCGUUGGCUACACCAUGUUAAUGUUUUGGCGCCUGUCGGUGCCCGUCCUUGUCACUGCUGUGGCUGGGCUGUUCCUCUCCUUGUGCUAUGUCGCAUUGCUCAAGGACUACGCUCAGACCUUGUCCAAACUUGGGAUCCAGUUGAUUGUUCUCGUUCCCUUUGGAUGGGCGGCUUAUUUGUGGUACGAACAUGGAAAUGACGCAAUGUUGCCAUGUGUUGCUCUACUUGUAGUGGGUAUUUGUGUCGCAUGUUGUGCAUGCAGCCGCAUGCAUGAGUUUGACAGAGCUGCCACCUGUAUCAAGUUGUCGUGUAGCUGCGUGCUCCAGACGCCCAUGUUGCAUUUUGGCCCUUGUGUGGUGUUGCUGUUCAGAGUGGCUUCGUCCCUUGCCGUGCUUUGUUGCCUCAUAACGGCGCACACAGGCAUCUUCCUUGAUUUCUUUGAGCACGGCUCUGCCAUGGUACGCUGCUCUAUCGAGCAGCGGGAGGAGUGCCUUUGGGAUGCGGCACUCUUUGCGUUGUGGAACAUUACCUGGAUUUGGAUUCAGAUCCUCUUCACCGCCAGCUGGGAAUUUGCUGUGGCAUAUCUUGCUGCAGAAUGGUACCUGGAAGGUGGCUUUCAUGAAGAGAAUCACUUUCAGAAAGGCAAGAUUGGGCUGAUCCAGUGCUGCAGACAAUGCCAUGUCUGGUGGGCAUUAUUCCGAUAUCACUUCGGAACCAUGGUCAAAGCUUCUGUAUUCAUUGGCAUUCUGCGGCCAGUUCGCUUCGUCCUGGGCAGCUUGACAGCUGUCGCGCGGAUUGAAGCUAACCCAGUGGCAGGCAUCAUUCUCUGCUGCUGUGGCUGUCUCGUGGACGUGUACGAGCAAUAUUUCGAACGACUCUCAGCCAAUGCCUAUAUCGAGGUGGCCCUCUCUGGGGCAAACCUCGAGACAGCUGCCUUCGAAGCCGGCGAGGUCAGUGCGCGUCAGACCAACACGGCGAGCAAUUUGAAUGGUACGACAUUCAUCUUUCAGCUUGUGGGCUUGGCGCUCAUAUGGUGGGCGGGUUACUUCAUCAUGUGGAUGAGACUCGGCAUCUCUGAGUGCAGACUACACAUGGGUUUGAAAAUGAAGUCCUUAUACUUAUACCUAUGCCUAUACACCCUUUUAAUGGGAAAAUAA